AUGUCAUCACCCUACAUUGUGUUGAAACAGGAAACCAGAAUGUUUGGGGCUGCCCAAGUAAUGAAUGGUCUGAUCCACUUUGCUCUGGGGCAUAUCUGGAUGCAGUUGUAUAUCAGGCAAAAUGAACUAUUUUUAUUAACCUACCUGCCUAUAGUCUUGAUAUCAGGAUACCCAUUUGGGGCAUCCUUUUUUUAUGUCGUAUCAGGAAUUUUUGCAAUAGAAGCAGAGAAAAGGCGUUCCCCAAAGUUGUUGAAGUACACCAUAAAGACAAACAUCUACUGUUCUGUCCUUUCAGUGAUUGGUAUAUUUCUAACUGUAGCUGAAAUAACACUAUUUUUAGUGAAACCGGUAAAGAUUCAAUGGCCACAGGAAAGUGGAAUUAUUCUUUCUGUGUAUGUGUGCAUAUUCUCCAUCUUUGAGUUGUACCUGGCGAAUACAGUGGCCAAAUGGGGAAUCGAUGCAUUUCGGCAUAGCAACUACCUUACAUAA